AUGAAGCGUUCACGCGGCAGUAGCGACAGAAUCUCGUAUUCCCAUGGGAACAGUCAUCGCUUCACCCUUCUCCUGCUGCUAUCCGCUUUCCUCGUUAUUGGCCUCUCCGGUAGCAGCCCUGCACGCGCGCAGACCAUCAAACCGCCGCAGGAGUCGGCGCUUUUGAGCCUCAAAACGGCCUUCGGAUACUUCACGGGGAGCAGCACGUGGGGCGCGGGGAAGCCCUGCGCGAAUUGGCUGCGCGUGACGUGCACCUCCGCGGGGGACGUGCUCCGCCUCAACUUCACUUCCGCCAGCAUGCGCUGGAAGACCGCGGGAAUCCCCAUCGCGCUCACUAAUCUCACCAAUCUCGACACGCUCAUCCUCUCUAACAACGAGAUCGUCGCCCCGAUUCCGUGGUACCUAUCGAAGCUGCCUAAGCUGAAGCGCCUCGACCUGAGCAACAACACGUUCUACGGCGGAACGAAUCAGAUCUGGACGCUCACCAAGCUCACCUUCCUCGACGUUUCCAAGACGCUCCUCCGCGGCGCGCUUCCGCCAGCCAUCAGCGGAUUGGUCAACCUAGUGGCUCUCAACGUCAGCGACUCGUACUUCUCCGGACCAACCCCGGACGAGUUCUCGAGUCUGACGAAGCUGCAGUUUGGCCAACUGGACCGUUGCUUCUUCACUGCCCUCCCCGCCGCGCUUCCCGAGCUCGCGUCUGGCGCGCUCACCUUCACGGCCUCGGGGAACCUCGACCUGCGCCAGCUCAACCUGGCCAACAACCAGCUCAGCAUCGCGCUGGCUGACGUCAGCUGGAGCGGACUUCCAAGCCUGGAGGCGCUGAACCUGGGGUUUAACGAGAUCACGGGUUCAAUUCCUGCAGAGGUCAGUGGCCUUUCCAACCUCAAGACGCUGCAGCUGCAGAACAACACCCUCAGCGAUGCAGUUCCUGAUGAAAUUGGAUCCCUGGUGAAUCUAACAGCGCUGGAUCUGAGCAACAAUGGCCUCGCGGGCGAUCUUCCAGACAGCCUCAACGUCCUCUCCUUCCUGCUGCGCCUCGUGCUCGCUAAUAACCAGUUAACCGGCCCGCUGCCCCAGCCUUACCUUGGCGCCAAUGGCAAGUUCUUUCUGGAUGCCCGAAACAACUUGUUCACGGGGCCGCCACGCGUGAAGGGCAUCUGCCCGAAUGCGCGCCCGGCAAAGCUACUGGUGACAGGGAACUGCCUGGAUGACGAGCAGGGGUGCACCACGGUGCAGAACACAUGCGCGUGA